CUCUCUCACUCCUGAGCUAAAGAUAGAAAAUAAUACUACUAUUUAAAAUAUUAAAAAAGGAACGUCUCUACAUAGAACUUUUAUUCUGUAAAUCAGAAAGCAACCUGAUUUCCUAUAUUCUUGAUUCUUUGAUGCAACUCUAGUUGUCUUAUAAUGUCAACAGUGAAGAAGAGUACAUGUUCUUGAAAAGAAAAUAUUAAGUAGUGGCUAUUUCAUUUAUUUUUAUUUGUUUGUUACAUAUUGCCAUAUUGGGGUCAUCAUUAUUUGAAAUUUGGAAGAGAAAAAAGGACUAUAUAUAUUUCAAAGUGCGGUUGAUAUGAAUUGCCUCAGAUCCAGGUUACUGAAGUUUUUAUGAGAAAAAGGUACUUGCUUUUUCAGUGAUUUCUUGUGAUUCUUGGAACUUGUUGCUUUCCAUAGGUUAAUUCACAUGACCCUUUUUCUUGUUACCUCUCUUUCUUGUGUUUAAAGACUAAAAAUUUAUGUCAAUUUUGGGUUUUUGUCUCACUACCUGUUUUGGUUUUUAGCUAUAAUUGCUGGUGUGUAGAGAAGAAAAAGUUAAGAUUUAGGACCAAAAAAAAAAAGGGUUCUUGCUGUUUCUUGUUUGCUAAAUAGAUCUGAUUACCAAUUUCUGUUAAGAAUCUUGAUUAAUGGGGUGUGGUGAAAUGUAAAAAGAAUGCUUUUUUACUACUAGUUGAUUCUCUUAGGCAAUGGAAAAUGGUCUGUUGAAGCUUAUGAUAGGACUAUUACUGAUUCUAAAGAGAGGUGAUGAAUUAGUUUAACAAUGAAAGGCACUGUAGUUUUCGAGGGGUUGGUGGUUAACUUUUACUGCGUUCAGUGUAGUCGUUACGAUGGAGGAAAUGUAUACGGUUGCAGUGCCAUUUAUAUUUAGUAGUUUGAUCUGUGACAAUUCAAGCAUAGGAAGUGAUAUGGAUGUUACUAGGUUAAAGUCUAUAGACGAUACAACAAUCUUGUAUUCUAAUUCUGUGACAAAAGCGUUGGUGGACCCCGUUUCUGGGGGCAAUGAUGAUUGCAGCUCUGCUGAUUCAGAGAGCGAUUUUAGUAUUACGGUAUCAUCAUCUGUGCUUGAAGAGAGCAAAAGUGAAGGGACUAUGUCGCUUGAUGAUGAUUCCUUCUCAUUGGAGGGUGAUCAGAUUCUUGAUAGUUCGUGUUCCUUGUCAGUAGUGAGCGACUGUAGUAGUAUAUGCGCUGAUGACUUUAUAGGCUUUGAGAUAGCGUCCGACAUAGAAGGUCAAGAUUUAGUGGAUUUUCAGAAAAGUAUCAGCAGUGUCGAACUUAUUGCGAAGACUGAAGUUUCGGUUGAGUCAGAUAUUGAGGAAAAUGUGAUUAGACCCGUGGCACUUUCUGUCAGCCGCAGUGUUUUUGAUGUGGAUUACGUGCCUCUAUGGGGACAUACGUCUAUAUGUGGAAGGAGACCGGAAAUGGAAGAUGCGUUUGCAACUGUUCCAAAAUUCUUGAAAAUUCCUCUACAGAUGCUAAUUGGUGAUCGUGUGUUUGAUGGACUGUCUAGACGCUUAAGUCAUUUGACGACUCAUUUCUUUGGAGUUUAUGAUGGCCAUGGUGGUUCUCAGGUGGCGAAUUACUGCCGAGACCGGGUUCAUGCUGUAUUGGCUGAGGAAUUGGAAACUUUUAUGAUGAAUCUCAGUGAUGAAAGUAUUAAGCAAAGUUGCCAAGAGCAUUGGAAUAGAGCAUUUACGAACUGUUUUCUUAAAGUUGAUGCUGAGAUUGGAGGGGGGGCUAGUCAUGAGCCUGUUGCCCCAGAAACUGUAGGGUCCACAGCCGUUGUUGCCGCUAUUUGUUCAUCUCACAUUAUAGUGGCAAACUGUGGUGAUUCAAGGGCUGUUCUGUGUCGUGGGAAGGAACCAAUGGCAUUGUCGGUGGAUCACAAACCAAACCGAGAAGAUGAAUAUGAAAGGAUUGAAGCAGCUGGUGGUAAGGUGAUACAGUGGAAUGGCCAUCGUGUUUUCGGUGUUCUUGCAAUGUCUAGGUCUAUCGGAGAUAAAUACUUGAAGCCUUGGAUAAUUCCUGAUCCAGAAGUAACGUUCAUACCUCGAACCAAGGAUGACGAAUGCCUUAUUCUUGCUAGUGACGGUUUAUGGGAUGUCAUGACAAAUGAAGAAGUUUGUGAUGUGGCUCGUAAACGCAUACUUUUGUGGCAUAAAAAGUACGGUGUAACGCUCCCCGUGGAAAGGGGCGAAGGAAUUGAUCCAGCAGCACAAGCAGCAGCAGAAUGCUUGUCGAAUCGAGCUCUUCAGAAGGGCAGCAAGGACAAUAUAACAGUGAUUGUGGUGGACUUGAAAGCUCAAAGAAAGUUCAAAAGCAAAACCUGAACAUAACUAGCCUCAUUAUCUGAUGUUUCAAAAAUGCCCUUAAUGUAUUAUAAAUGGUUAAAAAAUGCCCUCCUUCCACCAAUUGGAUAAAAAAAUACCCUUAAACGUAUUAUUGAUCCAUUUGUAAUACGUUAAGGGCAAAUUUGAUCCAAUAGGUAGAUGCAGUUUUUAGCCAUUUCUAUUACGUUAAGGCCAUUUUUGACCUUCUUCCGUUUUUAGAUUUGCAGUAUAAACUAAAUAUGUGGCUCAAAAUGUAGUCAAGCCCUUACAUUUUUUACCUGGUAAUCUGGGAUAAUGGCUCUUUAUUGGAGUAGGCUUCUGUAUGUAGUUUAGCACAUGCUCCAUUCUGUAUGUAAUUUUCUUCAUGUAGCUAUUUGAAGUAGCAACAACUGCAUUAUAAUCAAAAGUAAUGGUCAUUAUGCCUCAGAGUCAAAAA